AUGGAUAAUCCGCGGCCCAAUGGCAGUGGCUCCGGCUCUGCCUUUGGCCGUGACAUGAACAGAGCCGAGAAGUUCGAGGAGGAAAAGCGGCGCAUCGUUGAGAGCUGCUUCAACAAGAAGGACAUCGAUGGAUCAUUGCUGGAGACAUACAUCACCCACAUCAAGAUCACCGAGUUCUCGUCCCAUCCUACGAGCCCACCUCCUCCAGAAGCCCGAAGCCAAUCCGAAAAGCCUCGAGUCAUCAUUGUAGCCGUGCGGAAAUCGGGUCGAGUGCGCAUGCACAAAUCCAAAGAGAACGCGAACGGGUCUUUCUCCAUCGGCAAAACUUGGGAUUUGAAUGACUUGACCGCCAUAGAGUCCUUCACUGGCCCGACGGCCGAUCCGCAGAAGCGGGAGUGGGCGGGCGACACGGGAUUCACCGUCAGCAUCGGAAAGCCGUACUACUGGCAGGCCCAUGCAGACAAGGAGAAGAAGUUCUUCAUCGCUAGUCUCAUCAAGAUAUUUGGCAAAUACACAGGCGGCAAUGUCCCCGAACUCAAAGGGUUCGAGCAGCGUGAACUCGACCAAGUGCUAGGGACACGAAGGCCACCCCCAGGAGGGCGAGCGCCAACCGCUGAUUCCAUGUCACCGCGACCUACGCCGACUCCUCCUCAAAUCAAUGCCUUGCCUCCCCCUAGAGCCCCUUCUCGACCUCCCUCCCGACCAGAACCCAAGAGCAUGCGAUCCGAUGCCGGACUUGCGCAGAAUAAUGUCAAUUAUUCCCCUGCUACGAGCGUUGCUCCGCCAUUUCAGGCCUACCAACCUCCCUCGCCUGCGCGCAACCUAGCACCCCCCAACGGCACUGCAUCGCCUGCUCCCAGCAUGGACUCGACCCGUGCUGUCAACCAGCCUCCAGUACUGCGCAGGUUAGCUGGGAACAAUAGAAGUCAAGAUUCAUUCUCUACGGCGCGGAGCGACGAUACAGGAAGCAUACCCCCGCGAUCAAGAGGUGGCAUGCCGGGACCUGGCGUACACGGCAAGUUUGGCGAGUCGGAAAUAGUUUCAAAGGUCGACCUCCCAAGUAGGAAAAGGCCACCAAUGGAUCCAGCUAGACCGCAGAUUGGGAUUGGGGCAGACAGUGAUCUUGUUCCAGCACCACUGAUGGCCCAGGGCCCUCGAAGAGAACCGCAACCGCCUCCCCGAAGCACCGAGCGGAUGUUGAGCAAGGACUCCAUUGGGAAACAGCCAGAGGUCAGUUUGCCAAGGGAUACGCAAAGCCCAGUACCAGCACCAGUACCAGAACCAGCACCAGAACCAGAGAAGGAAUUGCCUACUGCUUCAAAACCGAGUACUGAUGGGAACUCGGCCGCUUCUGCUGCUCCGAGCCCAGCAUCCGAGACGCCACCUGUCGAGACGCCCGCAGAGGGAGACGACGAGAACCGCCCCGGGCUAGGCCCAAUGAUCAAGGCGAAGAAAUCACGUGGUGACUUAGCCGGCACCUUGUGGAAAGCUGCAUCAGCCGCAAGGGUCUUCCAACCGCGGCCUGGAGGAGCGGGAGAGCGGUUACGGGAGGCAAAAGCCAAAGCUGCGAUAGAGGGUCCGGAUGGAAUUACCGGCGUAGUGCCAGCUCCGCCUCGUCCAAUUCCUCAGCCCGAGACCCCUCAGCCUGCCGAACCUGUAUCGAAACCAGAGGGCACGACUGCGGUUGUGCCUGAAGUCCGAGUUACAGUGCCCAAUUCAAGUCGACCCAACAGCCUCCAACCUUCUAUUAAAGACGAUAACAGAAAGAUCUUGGAGGAAGCAAGCAAGGACGACGAUGACCCUCGGCGUCUUGCUGUCACCGGCAACGAUGUGAAAUAUUUUUCGGCCCUUGGUGUCAACACCGGCCUCGUCGCCGACACAACUGCAGAAUUUGCAACAUGGCUGGACCAUUUUGGUUGGCUACCUGGAGAACAGAUGCGAACGCGCAAUUUCGAAGAGAUGAAGAUGGAUGUAGACCGAGAACUCAACAAGGCUCAAGCUGGAGGCUGGGUCGUUCGGUUUCAGGAAGAGGAUGAAAGGGUUGACGGGAUCAAGAAGGGCCUCGAUUCGGCUAUUGCCGAGUGCGAUGAGUUGGACAAUCUGCUGACACUCUAUAGCGUGGAACUAUCUACACUCUCUGACGACAUUGCCUACAUUGAAGCCCAAGGUCAAGGUUUGCAGGUUCAAGCUGCGAAUCAAAAGCUCCUUCGAAAGGAACUCGAAUCGCUACUAGAUACAUGUGCCAUCACAUCAGAUGAUCUUCAAGCUCUCCAAGUCGCUCCCCUCGAAACGGCGUCCGGGCUGGAGGAAAUCGAGACCGCCCUUGUCACCCUGUUCAAGGCUAUGACGAAGAUCGACUCUUCCAUGGCUGCCUCCGAGCCUCGAAAGAGCGAGGAUGCAAGCAUGAGCGAACAGCACGCCACCCUGAACCCCGACUAUGGCAAGAUGCGAAUUGUUCAGGAGAAGAAGGAGAUGUAUCUCUCGCAAAGUGCCAGCUUCUUGCAAAGGUUUGGUGGAUUCAUGUCCCGCCAGAUCGACAAAGCUUCCGGGGAGACAAAGUCAGCCAUGGCCGGUGCUCUGUCCAAGAAGGUUGACCCACGCAACCACGAUUCCGGAAGGGGUGUGCUAUGGAAAUAUAGCCCUCUGGUCCUGUAUGCCCGAGAGGUGGAUCUCGAGCAGUGGAAUCGCUACCUCCAGAUUUAUCAGGAAAAGAACUUGCCGCUCUACAAAAUCGAGUUUAAGGACGUCGUUGACGCGUGGAAGCGAAAUGCGAGGAAACCUUCUGGUGAGGAAUUGGAGCUGCUCUUCACAUCACUGGAGGAGAAAAAACAAGAGAGCACGAUAGCGACUGCCAGAAGAGUCACUGUCAAGAGGAGUCAGACUCUGGCGAGGUCCCUAAGAACUCCCCUGGGCGACGGGGGCAGAGCCACUAGCGAGAAGGGUGCCGAUACCCGCAAUCUACCCUAUGAGGCGUUUGCUGGUAUUAUGGACGAUUUGAUGCCUCUCGUGGAGAUUGAGCAGAACUUCAUUGUGGACUUCUUCCACGCUACAACCUUGGAGACAGCCGAUUUCCCAGACCUAGUGGCAGCAGCGAGGCCUCAAGACCGGCGAGGUGGUGACUUGAAACGACACAGGGUGAUGGAACCCGAUCGAGAGCUUGCUAGGAGGGUGACUCGAUCUAUGGAGGUGAUUUUCUCCUUUCUGGAGCAAGACCUGCAAAACGUGGUCAACUGGGUCUUGUCACAAGAUGCGCUUCAGGGAGUGGGUGUCCUUGCCAUCCUGGAGCGCAAGCACUUGGAGAUGACUCAAUCGAAUCAAGACUUUCUGAACAACAUCCUGCAGAAACUUCACAGCAGUCUCGAGUCCAAGUUCUCCAAGUUUGUUGAAGAUCAGAUACGUGCCAUCGAGGAGACAAAGGUCAAGAUCCACAAACGCAAGGGCGUGAUAGCGUUCAUGCGAAUCUUCCCACACUUCUCCAGUGCAGUUGAGAACAUGCUCUCGGCCGUUGAUACGACGUCGUCUGUGAGGAAGACUGUUGAUCAGGAGUAUGACCGUAUUAUCAAAUCCAUGUUCGACUCUCUCAAAGUCAUUGCUCGGGAAAAUCCUGCUACUCUCACGAGUAACGGUGCCGACCCAGAGGACAAAGAGGCACUCAACUACCACAUCCUACUGAUCGAGAACAUGAACCACUUCUUGGAAGAGCUCGAUACCCAUGGUCUCGAAAUACUCGAGGACUGGAAAGAAGCCGCAGCGGGAGAGAUGGCCGAGCACUUGGGUCUUUACCUCAAUGCGGUAAUGCGUCGACCACUAGGCAAGCUACUCGAGUACCUGGAGAACAUCGAGGCUCAAGUAGCCUCGGGCAAGAAUAUGUCCAUCAUAGCUGCCCAGCCCAGCAAUGCGAAGGGGACAUUCAAUAAAGUCCUCAGUGGCUACGACGGACGCGAAGUCCGGAAGGGCAUUGAAGCAUUGCGCAAGCGAGUGGAGAAGCAUUUUGGGGAUGCCGACGAUCCCAAUCUGAGCCGCAGCCUCGUUAACCACGUGCUCCGCGAGUGCGAAAAGUUCUACAACGACAUCGAGGUGCGCAUCUCGACCAUCACGACGAGUGUAUAUGGCGGCGAUGUAUUAUUUGAGUGGCCCCGGGCGGACAUCAAGAGCGCCUUCUCCAACACUGGUCGGUAG